AUGACAACCAGUAACACUUCGGACGGAAACAUGGCCUCACCGCUAAGGAAAGACUUGGACGACAUUCUAACCUGGAAGCCAUCUUUCUUUGUGCGACACGCUGGUAAUCGUGCGUUACACCCUUGCAACCCUCCUCAUGCUCUUUACACCAAGCAUAUUGACCAAAAGCUACUCCUGCGACAUGUCAUGCCACUAGACUCCUUGGUGCAUGAUAUAUCUGGGUUCGCGCAAGAGCAACUAGACUCCCUAAUAGCUCAGCUUGCUUCAACCAAAGAAGACAUAGUUCCGAAUGCUGAAUUGUCAAUAUAUCGCGAGCGGCGCAUAGAGCUCCACACAUGCUGGCCAUCAGAACUAGCGCAAUACUACCGCUCAACUUGUGCCGCUAUAGCUGCUUCCAUUUCGACUAAAGUGUUGAUGCCAAACAUGUCUGGGUGGAAUCGUAAUCUCUAUUGGGGUCGAUGGGCAAAGACAGAACGAUAUCCUACUGGGGUGGACGACGAGGGUCAUCUUUUUUUUAGUACAGAUGACUCCGGAAAAAUUAUUCUUGACGAGCACCGUUCCGAAAUAAUGGAGCCAAGUUUGCGCGAAGAUUUAGAGCGAGCCGUCGCUUUCACCCCGAAAAUUGGCACUUGGAUAUUUUUAUCAUUUGGGGAGGAAUCGGAGGCACUUCUGGCGAAUAUGGAUCAGACAUGGUCCCAAGCAACUUUUCGCUAUCGACUCUGCAAAACAGUGCAUCCCAAAUCCAAUGGAUCAUCAAGGGUUAUACCUCGCGACGCGCCAUCAACCGUUUGGAAACUCCCCCCUACCGGGUCUGUGCCUGCGGACACGAUUGCGCGCAGGAAUCUUCGAACGAGAACGCCGACUGCGUCGAAACCAAAUCAAGAGGUCGCAAGGCGUGUGGUUCCAUCGGCUCGCAGACGGCCCAAAACAAGUGCCUAUAUCGGGACAUACCUCACACCGGAGUCACUUGCUCAGCUGGCGUGGGCCAAAGCGGCGGAGACGGAUUCCACCAUGAUCGUUUUCAACUGCGGCAAACAUGAACGGAUCGGGAUUCGCCACCGAGCAACCCAAACACUCUAUCUGUCAGAAGUCUAUGACACCACUGAAUGCGAGAACCCGGAGUACAUCAAGCUUCAUGUGGGCAUACACCUCGCGCAAGUUUUUGACGCUGUCGCCCGCGCCAAAGCUGCAACCAAACAUACAGAGUCUCGCCGAAGCAGUCGUAAACGUCCAAACACCGAAUAUGCUGCCGGACCGUUACCAUCAAGUAAACGCUUCAAGCAAAGCCCGAAGAAGACUUCUUUGCAGCAACUCCCGAUGGAGCUCGCCAGCCAGCGCGACCUGAUGCUGCUGCACAUGCAGUAUGGCAUUUACCAUUCUCCAGCGCCAGCGUCGUUCAUUCGAGCGACGCCGUGUCUCGUGCACAAGACGAAGACAAAGCGAAAAGAAGGGUAUUCUGCGCCAAUUAGACGCUCGUAUGAGGUUUACGAGUGUCUCGAGGUCGUCCUUGCAAGCCAAAUCGGCAAAGGCGCAACUGGUACUGCUCACGAAGCAACAGCUCGUCUGACGACCAAAGACGGACAAACGCUGAUCGAGAAGAAUCUCAUCGUCAAAUUGGCAUUCCGGGAGCAGCCCCAGCGACGAAUGCGUCACGAGUAUGAAAUCUACAAACAUCUGGCGGAACAGGGUGUCACUGGUGUCCCCCAUGUCUAUGGGCUAUUCGAGGACCUCGAAGGAGGAGCUAUUGCACUCAUCAUGACCAAUUGUGGGCGAAACUUGUGGGAUUCACGCGAGGACAAAACCAAGCCACUGACGCCUGUUGCUCCGACCCAACGGAAUCGCUUUAUUGAAAUCCUUGAAAACGUGCAUCGCGCUGGAGUUCGGCACUAUGAUAUCCGGGCCAACAACCUCACGAUUGACUCCAAUGGGGAAGCCUUCAUCGUUGAUUUUGACCGCGCGCGUCUCAACCCAAGCGAAGGGAAGAAGAAAUGGGAAAUGGAUAUCCUGAAAAAGCUGAUGGAUGGAAUUCACCAUGAAUUUUCCUUACAAAGCCCUGUAAUGUCAGGAGAUGAGAAGGAAAUCUGGAUUCAAUCGCCGGUCUCCUGGCACUUCUAG